GGUGAUUUCUGAAUCAGUGUGUAUAUAAGAGUAAGCAAUAUUCAAACCUCCAGUUCCAUUAGCAAGCUGUGAUUGUGAUAUGAAGAUGCAGAAGUCUGUCUCUGUCGUUCCUCUGCUGUUGCUCCUCUGUCUGUCUGGGGUAGGGGUCACCAAAGGUCAAGGUGUAGAGGUCACUAAAGCUAAAGCUGUAGAUUUCAAGACAGAAUUCGAGGUCAAAACACCAGCAGACGGAAAGACAGAUGGACAGAGAGACUCUGAGCCGGACCUCUGGGCUGAGCUGAGAGCGCUGAGAGACAUGGUGGUGGAACAGAGAGUGGAAAAAGAGUGGAAAAGAGUGAGGCUGUCACGCAAAGUCAACUGGAGGAGGUGAAGACACAGAAUUCAGAUCUCCAGGCUCAAAGCGUCAGUCCACCAGCUGAACUCUCAGUCAGACUGGUGAAUGGGACCACUUCCUGUUCUGGGACAGUGGAAGUCUUCUACAGAGGAGAGUGGUCAGGUGUAUGUACUGGGUGGUGGAGCAUGAGAGAUGUUAUGGUUGUGUGUAGAGAGCUGCACUGUGGGGAUGCUGUAGCUGUAUCUACAGGAGGUCUGGUUGAAGACGGAAGACGAGGAGUCUCCAUAAAGAGUUGCAGGGGACAUGAGUCUACUAUUACAGAGUGUGGCUUCAGAGAAGGAGGACCUGGUUACUGUGAUGGUAGAAAUUAUCAUUAUGUGAUCUGUUCAGAUCUCCAGGCUCAAAGCGUCAGUCCACCAGCUGAAGACUCAGUCAGACUGGUGAAUGGGACCACUUCCUGUUCUGGGACAGUGGAAGUCUUCUCCAGAGGAGAGUGGUUCGGUCUAUGUCCUGGGUGGUGGGGCAUGAAAGAGGCUAAGGUUGUGUGUAGAGAGCUGGACUGUGGGAAUUUUGUAGAUGUAUCUAGAGGACCUCUGGUCGAAGAUGGAAGAACAAUAUAUGUCAGCUGCAGUUUAUAUGGAGAUGAGUCUAUUGGACAAUGUUACAAAAAUGAAGGAAGUAAAAACUGUAAUGGUGGAUAUUAUCAUCAUGUGACCUGUUCAGAGUCUGUGCGGCUUGUGGGUGGAGCUGGUCUCUGCUCUGGGAGAGUGGAGGUGAAGUCCAAUCAGUCCUGGGCCUCAGUGUGUGAAGCUGACUUUGACUGGCGAGAUGCAGAGGUAGUCUGUGGGGAGCUUGGCUGUGGGGCUCCUGCAGCUCUACAGGGGGGGCUCUAUGGAGAAGGUAAGGGUCAGACCUGGGAUAAAGAGUUCCAGUGUAAAGGCAAAGAGUCCCUUCUCCUGGACUGUGACACCUCAGACAGAGAAAACAACACCUGUCUACCUGGUAAUGCUGUUGGACUCACCUGCUCAGAGCCUGAUGAUGUGAGGCUGGUGGGAGGAGGCAGUCGCUAUGCUGGUGGAGUGGAGCGGUACGACCAGGGAGAGUGGAAGAUUGUGGGAGCUGAAGACUGGGACCAGGAGGAUGUAGCUGCAGUAGUGUGUAGACAGCUGGGUUGUGGCUCCACUGUUUCAGUUCUACCUGGAAACACCACUGGAGUGUAUGGAGUUUCCUGUUAUGGGUCAGAGUCUGCGCUGAGGGAGUGUUCCAGAACGUCUGGUCGCCUUUCUGGAUUCACAGUGAUCUGCUCAGCCCCUCCCCAUCCCAAGUAGGGUUGUCAUCCCAGUGACCGGCAGACCCCCCCGUCCCCCCGGAUCCCAGGGCCCCUGAGAGACUGGGACCCAUCCUUUGAAAAGACCCCACUGUGAAACACACAGAACAGAAGCAGAUCAGCAGACAAAAGCAUUUCCAUCACCCUCACAUCGAUUAGCAUUAUUCUACAGCUAUAAAAAAUAUAUAUAAAUAAAAUGUCCUGCUUAUCUUAAUUUCCAUAAUUAACAAAUAAUAUGCGUAAUAAUGUAGGCAGUUCCUGCCAUGUUAUGUUGUCAGUAAUAUAUAGAUAAUGAUGUUAUUGAUUAUAAAUGUUAUGCUAUUGAUUAUGAUGUAGAUUGUUCUGUUGUUAGUAGUAUAUAGAUAAUGAUGUUAUUGAUUAUAAAUGUUAUGCUAUUGAUUAUGAUGUAGAUUGUUAUGUUGUUAGUAGAAUAUAGAUAAUGAUGUUAUUGAUUAUAAAUGUUAUGAUAUUGAUUAUGAUGUAGAUUAUUGUUAUGAUGUUGUUAGUAGAAUAUAGAUAAUGAUGUUAUUGAUUAUAAAUGUUGUAAUAUUGAUUAUGAUGCAGAUUGUUAUGAUGUUAGUAGUAUAUAGAACAUGAUGCUAUUCUCUUAUGAUCUGUGUGUUACAGAGAAAGUAUAGUAUUUAGUGCAGGUCUGAUAUACAUUAGAUUGUGUGGAUAUGUUCCAGAUAAAGACCUGUUGUUCUCUAAACUGCCAUGUAAUCAACUGAAUGCUUUUAAUAAACUCCCAGGCUGUCA